AUGGUGUACGGCGGGAAGCCAAGUACAGGGUGCCAUUUGUGUCGCAAACGGAAAAUCAAGUGCGAUGAAGGCCGUCCGGGGUGCCGAAACUGCGGCAUACACGGCAAGCCAUGUCCGGGCUACCGACCGGAUGGGAUCUUCCGGAAUGAAACGUACAAAGUGCAGCAACUGAUCCAUGGCAAGGCCAUUGUCUACUCUUCCUCGUCAAGUAAACAGCAGCCCAGCAACCAUGAUGUAUUAAGCGGCGGCAAGGAUCUGCAAGUGGCGACAUUGCCCGCUUAUCAGAUCAGCGAUUCCACAUGGGAAGAAAGAGCACUUUGCUAUUUCUUCGAUCAGUUCACCAUCGUGGAAUGCAAUGCAGUCGGCGGCAUGGGACAUCUGGGGUUCCUCCCGUCUUUGUAUGCUGAUUGUCGAGAUCAGAAUCAUGGUAACCCCGCAUCAUUGUCUUUACGAUUAGCUGUCGAUGCAACGGCCCUGAUGGCCCUCAGUAAUAGGGUUAAUGUGCCUGGAAUUGUGACCCAGGCGAGAUAUCGCUUUGGGUUGGCGCUGCGACAUCUGCAGGAGGCGUUGGAUUUGCCGCUUGAGGCGGCGAAAGAUGAGACGUUUGCGACGUUGGUUAUUCUGUCUUUGUUUGAGGAUAUCUCGGGGGAUCGCCAUGGGCUUACCAGUGCGCAUACGGUGGGAUUUGAGGCACUUACGAGAUUGAGGGGGGAGAGUCAGCUGGGACAUGCGGCGGGACUGGAUAUGUUCAAGUAUGCGUAUGUUCGUAUGCAAAUCGAGUUCCUCCUGCUGAAGGGAAAACCCAGUCUGGACUCGGACCGACUAGUUGAGCGUCUCGACGGCGCAGAUCCGCUACAAUCCCUUAUGAUAAUUGCGUCCAAGGUCAGAAAGCUGAUUUCAGAGCCAACAUCUGCUUCAGAUUCCUUGCAAUCUGCGGGGAUCACGAAGCUAGCGUCAUGGAUCGACUCCUGCCGACGCUUGGAUUCAGAACUGUUCCAGUGGACCCAAACCUUAUCGGACAUCUGGCUACCCCUCGAGACCCAAUCACACACGGGCGAGAAUGUUCUCACGUAUCGAGAGAUGAUUGCUGCGGUUAUAUGGGCCCACUACCGUGUCCUUCGAAUCUUCAUCCACAGAGUCUUGGCAGAUCUCUUCCGAACACUGGUCUCUCUGUGUGAUUCCCCCGGUAUUCAGCAUGAAGCGUCUCAGCAUGAGGCAGAUGGCCUACGGCUAAGCCUCGAGAUGGUCUCCGAUUCUUGUCGGAGUGUACCAUUCUGCUUUGGGGAGAUCGAUAUGUUCGGAAACCCGAUGCCACCGUCUGAGCAGGGGAUGUCUCGGGUUCGAGCCUUUUAUCUCUACACUAUGCUAUGGCCUCUGUGGUUUAUUUUGUCGUGUGGACUUGCUACGCCCGAACAGACGCAGAUGAUCCGAGGCGUGAUGGCCCGGACGGGCUCGGAAGCUGGCAUCAAGCUGGCUACUAUGUUGGCGAGUUAUGAUGGGCGGGAUGUCAUGUCGAGCAUGCCUCAAUUGUACUCUUUGGAACAGCCGGUGAGGGAGGUGUCCGUCAUGUAA